UUUUAACACCAAUUCAAUUUUUUCUCUGGUAGGGUUUAUUAUUAUAUUUAUUAUUUUAAAAUUAAAUCCCAAAAAAUCAAAAUCAACUAUAAAGCAAAGAAAAAUCUUCCAUUUCUCCAAAUUCUCUGUAGCAUUGUAAUUUGCAACGCUACAAAUUUAAUUUCCCGGGAAAAUUUGCUCGAUUUUCUCGGAAAAAGAAUUGGAGCAGGUGCAUCCUGAAUGAUGAACUUGGCGGAUCCAUCAAUGAGCCUGCUGGCAGCGAGCGGCGGCGACACAGUAAAGCUUUUCGAUGUAUCGGGGGAGGCCGGUGAUCCUUGCAUCUUGAGUUACACACCAUCUCCUGGUUUCCUGGUCAACUCAGUCAAGUGGAACCACACUAAUUUGGUUGUGGCCAGUGCUGGAGAAGAUAAGAAGAUCUCUCUCUGGAGGAAAAAUGGGCAGAGCAUGGGGACCAUUCCGGUUACUGGGACAAAUGGUGGAGACAACAUUGAGGAAUCUAUAUUAGCUAUUAGCUUUAGUAGCAAGGGAUCCAGAUACAUAUGCACCGGGGGAAGUGGUCAAGUUGUUAGAAUAUGGGAUCUGCAGAGGAAGCGCUGUAUUAAAUGGUUGAAGGGUCACACCAAUACAAUAACUGGUGCUUUAUACAAUUGCAAAGAUGAGCAUUUGGCUUCCAUAAGUCUAAGUGGGGAUCUUAUUCUUCACAACCUUGCAUCUGGUGCAAGAGCAGCAGAACUCAAGGACCCUAAUGAACAGGUACUGCGGGUGCUUGAUUAUUCACGAGUUAGCCGGCACCUUUUGGUGACAGCAGGGGACGAUGGGUCCGCACAUUUGUGGGAUACAACUGGUCGCAGCCCAAAGGUUUCUUGGUUGAAGCAACAUUCUGCCCCAACUGCUGGUAUAGGCUUCUCACCAUCAAAUGACAAGAUUAUAGCUAGUGUUGGACUGGAUAAAAAGUUAUACACUUAUGAUUCAGGAUCUCGAAGACCAUCAUCUUGCAUAUCUUAUGAGGCACCUUUCUCUUCAUUAGCAUUCAGAGAGGAUGGCUGGAUUCUAGCAGCUGGAACCAGCAAUGGCCGGGUAGUUUUCUAUGAUGUUCGUGGAAAACCACAACCUUUUACAGUUCUUCGUGCUUAUAGCAGUUCAGAGGCUGUUACAAGUUUAUGCUGGCAGAGAUCAAAACCAGUUGUUGUCAAUGAGAGCAACUGCACUGCUGAGACAGCUCUUCUGGGAGGUGCUGGUGAAGAUUCCAUUCUUAUGCCUGACCCACUUCCCUCUGUGACAUCAUCAAGUGUUUCACUAUCCACAACAGUGUCAAGUUCUCAUAAUAUUGGUCGUUCACGCCUUUCUAUAGAAGCAUCAUCUCUUACAUCAACUAGUAAUGCCUCUGCAUCAAUUACACCUAAUCUAUCUUUAGCAGAGGAAACACCAAACCGAAGCCAUCUGUGGCCAAGUGGAACAUUGGCAAGAUUACAUGCUCCACGUUCUAGUUAUAAUUUUAAGGAUGACAUGGACGUAUUUUCCCCACUUGUUGAUGUCCAGCCUAUCACGCCUUCACUUGAUAAGUUGUGGGAUGAUCACGAGGGAUUGAAAAAAGAUACAGUUGACAAGAAGCCCUCAUCCCUUUUUCCUUCAUCCAGUAGAAGAUUUCCUUUUGCAGAGGAUGGGACAACUGAUCAUCCAAUAUUCGAUUGGAAAACCAGUUCAACUCCUAGACAGGAUGAUUCCCGAUCUUCUUUGUCAUUUUUGGAGGGAUCUUCUCCUACUCCAUCUUCAAAGAGUGAAGAAUCCUCCAUCACUCCUCCAGAGGCAUGGGGUGGUGAGAGAUUGUCUGAUAAGUUUGCGCACUUACGCCAGCCACUAAAUUUACCUUCUCGUUUAGUGAUGUUGAACUCUGGGGGUUUGACAUCAGGGUCAAUGUUAACUGGUUUGCAAGAUGUGUCCUCUUCAUCAAAUCAGACAAUUAUGAGCUCUUUGAUGAAUUCGACCUUGAGUUUUCCAAAUCUGCGCGCCAGAGAUAUUUCUUCAAAUCAGGAGAAUCCAACUGGAUUUUCAGAACAUUUUUCCUCUAGUUCCAUGUCCCAGUCUUUGGGUACAAAAAGCAUCACAGGACCAGCCAACCUUGAUGCAACGGGACCCGGGUCUUUGGCACUUCCUCGCAGGUUUUCAACUUAUGCUGAGAGAAUAAGCACAGCUUCUUCCUUUAUUGAUGGGACUUCACUCUCAGUGAAUUCACCAAAACUGAAGAAAACAGGAGCUGAAACCAGGGAAGAGCUUUUGAGUAGUUUGUUGUCAAGAUCUGACACAGAACCUGGGAUUCUUCCAUCAAUGAAUGGAGGAAUCUCACAACCAAACAAGGCCCUUCAGCUGGAUCCACAGCAGGGAAGUUCCUUCUCACUUCAGCUUUUUCAACGUACUCUUGAAGAAACUCUAGAUUCAUUCCAGAAAUCCAUCCAUGAUGAUAUGAGGAACCUUCACAUUGAAAUUCUAAGACAGUUCCAUAUGCAGGAGAUGGAAUUUUCUAUUGUGAUGAGUUCAGUUCUGGAAAAUCAAGCUGAACUAAUGAAAGAAAUAAAGUCUCUUCGGAAAGAAAACCAGGAGCUUCGCCAAUUGCUUUGAGAAUUUAUGAAGAUCGCAUUGCUAUUUUACUAAUGAUCGAUUUUGGAAUCUGUUUUAGAUUUGCAUGAUUUUACACUUCAUGGGUGUCUUCCUGUUAUAUAGGCAAGUAUUCAAUGGUAGUGUUGAAGUGCAGAAAAGGGAUAAACAUUAUAGAGAAGGACCAAAAGUCAACAUGUUAUUAGAGUAGGAUUCUUAUCCCUUGAGCAUGUACAUAGAUGCCUUUUUAACUUAUGAAAUGAAAUCAUUUAAUUUCAGUUGGUUCA